AUGUGUUUCUCUGAAGUUAGAAAUCGAAUUGAAAUUGCAAAUGAAGAAUUUCAUUGCAUGGCUUUUCUAAUAUUUCCACAUAUUUGUGCAAUUCAACGAUUAAUGAUGGGUAAACUAUCUAAUAAAGUCAUAAAGUUUGAAGAAUCUUCGAAGGAAUCUUCUUUAUGGGUCUGUGCUGAUGAGCUGAGAGAUAAAAAUGAAGCGUUGCGAAAAUUGCUUGUAAAGCUUACUCAAAGUACUUGCGUAACACGACAAUUAUCAACACAGUUAGUGUAA